AUGAAGUUCUCUAUUCUGGCCCUCGCGGCCAUCGUGCCCUACGCUGCAGCCCACUUUAAGCUGAAUUGGCCUACAUCCCGCGGUUUCGAUGAAGACACUAUGCCCAACUUCCCUUGCGGUGGUAUGAGCCAGUCCUCAAACCGCACCAAGCUUCCGCUGUCCGGAGGUUCAUUCCCCGUUGCCAUUGAAAUGCACCAUGCCCAAACAGCUGUUGAGGUUCUCCUCUCUCUUGGCAGCGACCCAGGUGACAAUUACAAUAUUGUCCUCGAGCCCACUUUUGGAGUCACCGGCCUCGGCGCCUUUUGUCUACCCCAUGUCGCUAUCAACGAGAAGCUAAUCGGCCGUAACCUCACUGAUGGACUGAAUGCGACACUUCAAGUCCAAACUAAUGGUGACCCAAGCGGAGGUCUUUACGCUUGUGCCGAUGUCCAAUUCUCCUCUUCUGUCACCUACUCGGUCCCCUCUGCGUGCAGCAACAACACCAACGUCGUCGGUACUCUUUUCUCUGGCGAUUCCGCCAAGCGCAAUGCCAACGAGUCGACUGCUCAGGGUUCGGCCCAAAGCGGUUCUUCUUCCACUAAUUCCACUACUUCGACUUCCAAGGGCGCUGCCAUGCCCAUGCAAACUGCCGCUUGGGGUGUGAUUGGAGCUGCGGUCGUCGGUGGUCUUGCUGUGCUGUAA